GUUGCAAAGUCCAACUUUGAUUUCGCCGGCGUCUCGUCCUUUUUAGAUGGACAAGUUACAACCCGAGAGUCCAAUUUCGAUAGGAUUGUGAAUCAAAUCUAAGCGACGAUGUCAGGAGUGUACGACAAUCACGCAGAUGCCUAUUUGGACGCCAGGCCCACUUACCCUUCCGAUUGGUUCUCCAAGCUCGCCGGACUCUCCCUCCGCCGUAAUCUCGCCUGGGAUGCCGGCACCGGCAACGGCCAAGCCGCCAUUGGUGUGGCGGACCAAUACGACAGAGUCAUCGCGACGGACGUGAGCGAGACGAUGCUGAAGUUCGCGACGCCUCAUCCGAAGGUCACCUACCACCACACGCCGCCGUCAAUGACAGACGAGGAGAUGUUAGAUCUCAUCGGAGGAGAGAACUCCGUCGAUCUGAUCACGGUGGCGACCGCCGUCCACUGGUUCGAUCUCCCUAGUUUCUACGCGCUUGCCACGCGCCUCCUCAGGAAACCCGGCGGGAUAAUCGCCGUCUGGAGCUACAGCACCGAGAUGGUGGUGAAUCCCGACUUUGACUCGGUGCUGAGUCGGUUCCACGACCAAACGCUGCCGUAUUGCAAGUUCCCACAAGCGCAGUACUUCUUAGACGGGUACAAAACGCUGCCGUUUCCGUUCGAGAGCGUGGGGUUUGGCUCGGAGGGUGAACCAGUGGAGCUCGAGAUGAAGAAAACGGUGUCGUUUGAAGGGCUCUUAAGGAUGCUUCGGUCGUGGUCGUCUGUCGAAACUGCCAAGCAAAAAGGCGUUGACUUGUUGCCGGAAAAUGUGGUGAAGGAGCUCGAGACGGCUUGGGGAGGAGUCGGACUGGUUCGUACAGUCGUUUACAAGAGUUUUAUGCUCGUGGGGACCGUUGGAGCUUAACAUUGAAUCUUUGUGUUAACCAUAACUUUCAAGAUUUUUAAUGAUAAUCAAAAUAAAUUUAUAGAUUAACAAAAAAAAAAGAACGUAUUUUUGUAUUUUUUUUUUGUUUUAAAGUGUGAUUUCCUUCUUUUUACACAAACACCCCAAAUUGCAAUCGAAACUCCGAUGAAAAGAUGCGUUUUGAAUUUUCACA